UUACUUCGCCGUCGAAGGCUGUAUAUUUGGAAGCCUAAUGGGCAUCGAACUUAGUGUAUAAAGUUGUAAAAUAAAUGGAACUUGCAAAAUAAAAUAAAAGAACAUUUAUAGGUUUAUUUAUUACUAAGCAUAAAUCUAGACCAAUAGUAUUUCUUUCUAAGGAGCUAAGUAGAAAAAAGUUUAUUUUAUAUUUUUGUUCGGACUAGCAUAGUGGCGUGUGAAUAAGUAGUGUUUUGGUGAGAAAUUCAGUAUUGUGUGUAGAAAUCGUACGAGUUUACGUCUUCCGGACCGGUUUAUUAUAACAAGAAACGAUGUUGCCGCGGAAAAGAAACAUGAGGUUGAUGCUGGUAGCACUGUUAUCACUCGUCAAAUACACACACCAGUAUGGAUCUGGAGCACCGCCAUUGGCCUGUCUUGAUCAAAUCCCAAGACACAACGGCAUUCAAGCCCAAACAUCAGUGCCCCCAUAUGCAAUCUACACAUCGACGGCACAAGUAAGACAGGGAGACACCCUGAACGUUACCAUCGGCAGUCCUUUUGGAGCCCCCACGCCUAUCGGAGGUUUCAUCUUACAAGCUAGAGAAAUACAGGACACAAACAAAAUAGUGGGUAGGUUCACCAAAAUACCCGACCCAGGAGUGGCACAAAUAACCAGCUGCAGGGGACAGAACGAUACAGUCACCCACACCUCGCCUGAUGAGAAACCGCCUCUGAACUUCAUGUGGCAAGCGCCAAAGGACUUCUUGGGCGGGGUCGAGUUUAGAGCUACAGUAGCCCAAGGUUAUGCAACAUUCUGGAAGAACGUGGAAUCGCCGCUAGUGGAAGUGGUAACGCCUGAAACGGAGAUCAUGACCACCGAACCCUCGUACACCACGAGGAGGCCUUUGCACGGCCCACCAGUCAUCAUGGAGAAUAAGCCAACUACAACACCGGCUCCAUUUGACCUAAUCUACCAAGGAUGCGCGGACACCAAACUCUGCUUCGGCGUACCCCAAAACUGCAUCCAAAGUGGAAACUGCAAAGCAAUUGUCGCUAUAUUCGUUGCUGGAGACACUUACACCUUCGAAAUCCAGGGAAGUGACAAUCCAAAGUACGUCGCAGCUGCUCUGAGUAUGGACAACAAAAUGGGAGACGAUAGCGCGAUGGAGUGUGUUAGGAACGAUAACGGAAGAGUCAACCUCUUCACGUCUUGGACCUAUCCUAAAGUUGAACCUUACGUCAGAAGGUCGGAUUCGCCUCAAAACAUAGUGCAGCUGUUGGAAUCCUCGACUAUUGAUGGCAAAUUGUAUUGUAAAUUCAAGAGAGAUACCGUUUCGACUGUGAUGGGACAGACUUUUGAUUUGGCGAACAAUCGGUACAAUUUAAUGGUUGUUUCUGGGAAUUCUAUGAAGGAGGCAGACAGAGUUGGUUUCCACGGCCUGGCGUACGAAGCGACUGGGCAACCUCUUUCAUUAGCCUCGGUAGGCACUGCCGCCGGUGGCUCCAAAUUACUGCUAAAACUGCACGGCAGCUUCAUGAUAAUCGCUUGGCUGGGCGCCGCGUCACUGGGUAUUGUGCUGGCAAGAUAUUUCAAAAAAACCUGGGACGGAAAAACACUUGGAGGCGUCGACAUUUGGUUUGCAUACCACAGGAUCCUGAUGGUGCUGACGUGGGUGCUGACCGUGGGCGGCUUCAUCCUGAUCCUCGUGGAGGUGGGCGGCUGGCAGACCACGGGCGACAACCCGCACGCCAUCACUGGCAUAGUCACUGUGCUGCUGUGCUUCAUACAGCCUAUUGGAGCAUUCUUUAGGCCGCACCCCGGUACUAAGAACCGGCCCAUAUUCAACUGGCUUCACUGGUUCGUUGGAAACUCCGCACAUAUCUUAGGAAUCGCAACGAUAUUCCUGGCAGUGUACCUGCAGAAGGCGGAAUUACCGCCGUGGACGGUGUUCGUGUUAACAGCGUACGUCGUGUUCCACGUGUUGACUCAUGUCGUGCUAUCGCUUACGGUUUGUGUAUCCGAGGGUCGGAUAAGCAACGGCAGAGUAAAUUCCUUCCCAAUGAAAGACAUGUUGGGCCAGUCCCGACAGAUCACAGCGGUCGACAGGAGUACAGAUGCUCCGUUCUCGGGCUUCAGGAAGCAUCUGCUUGGAGUGUACGCACCAAUUAUACUACUGUUCGUGAUAGCUAUGAUCUGCCUCGUGGCAUUGGCUCCCAUUGGUAGCACCUACAAUAACUUGAUGGGCGCUUAAUAUCUAAAUUAUUAACGGCCGAAUACUGAAACGCCGCUUAAUUUUUGAGGAUAUCUUAAACAUCCAGGCUGAGUUCUGAAGUCUAUCUACGGAGAACAAACUCUGUGUAUAUAAAGAAUCCCUCAAGAACCGUAAAUUUUUCAACAACGCACACUUCACUCUGUUUCAUCAUAUUAACCUAUUACCGGCCCACUACAGAGCACGGGUCUCCCACAAUGAGAAGGGGUUAAGACCCCCCCUCUCCUCCUAUUUUGGUGAGUUAUAAUUAUCUGACAUUAUAGCUCGACACUUUUUCGACUUGUCAUAUAAGACGGUUCUCUUUACCUCUCCUUCCAAGGCUCAGUCUGAAGACAAAGUUGUGUCUGACAUAAAAGUCUGAUGUGUUAAA